CUCCAACCCAGCCUGGUCCCAGCCCACUGGGGCUCAGCACUCGGUCCUUCCUGUUCCAGCACUAUAUCCAGACUGAGGUGUCUGCAGCCCCGCAUCUCAAGAGCCCUAGUAUGAACUUCCUAGAGGCAGAGGGCGGCUGGAACCUGUCCUUCUCAGGCGCGGGCUACCUGGGCCUCUACCACAUGGGCGCCACCCAGUGUCUGCGCCAGCGUGCUCCUCACCUCCUCCAGGGUGCCCGUCGCAUCUAUGGCUCCUCUUCAGGCGCUCUCGUCGCCGUGGCCAUCAUCUGCAGCAAGUCGGCAGACUUCUGUUGCUCCAAUCUCCUGGCCAUGGUGAAGCACCUGGAGCGGCUGAGCCUGGGCAUCUUCCAUCCGGCCUAUGGACCCAUUGAGCACAUCAAGAAACAGCUGCAGGACACGCUCCCUGACAACUGCCACAUCCUGGCCAGCCAGAGGCUGGGGAUCUCUGUUACCCGAUGGUAUGACGGCCAGAACUACAUAAUCACUGAUUUUGCCACUCGGGAUGAGCUCAUCCAGGCUUUGAUCUGUACCCUGUACUUCCCAUUGUACUGUGGGACGAUCCCCCCGGUGUUCAGAGGGGAGAGAUACAUUGAUGGGGCUCUGAGCAACAACCUGCCCUUCUCCGAUUCUCCCACCACCAUCACUGUCUCUCCCUUCCACGGGACAGUGGACAUCUGUCCCCAGAGCACCUCGCCCAGUCUGCAUGAGCUAACCAUCCUCAAUGCCAGUCUGCAGAUCUGUACCAGCAACUUCUAUAUGGGGUUUAUAUCCCUUUUCCCCCCCAAGCCUGAGGUGGUGGCUGAUUAUUGCAGACAAGGUUACCUGGAUGCCCUGAGGUUCCUGGAAAGGCGGGGACUCACCAAGGAGCCAGUGCUGUGGUCACUGGUAUCUAAGGAGCCUCCAGCCCUUGUGGAGGGGCCCAGGGACACUGAGCAUGGCCAGAGCCGGGAAGAUGGCCUGACUGUCUGGCGGGACACCCCUAAUGUGCUGGUCAGGGAUGUGCCGGACUUCGAGCUGCUGUCACCCGAGCUGGAGGCUGCACUGAGGAAAGCAUGCAAACGGGACUUCUGGGCCCGUAUCCAGUGCUCGGUGCCAGGGAGGGCACUGACCUACCUGCUACUGCCUUGUACGCUGCCCUUUGAGUAUGUCUACUUCCGGAGCCGGAGGCUGCUGCUGUGGCUGCCGGAGAUGCCAGAUGACCUGUGCUGGAUGCAGGGCCUCCUGAAGAGUACAACCCUCAAGGUCUACGCCAAGGCAAAGAGACAGCUUCUCAGGCUGGGCAGCUCAUAUAUCAGCGCAGUCUCUGCUCCCCUCCAGCUGUGGACAGCUGCUCCUAGGAACCGGGCCUCGAACGUCAGGCUUACUGAUCGUGCACUGGGAUAGGUCAUGCACAUGUGUGACGUGACCCCCGAACCCUGUCCUUGCCCUCAUCCUGUGUGCUCAUGCCUGCCUCUUGCAGUGGGGACUCUGGC